GAAACGAUGGCGAUAGGUAACCUGUAAUGUCUCCGUGCAACUGGGACGAGGUCAGAGUGAGUUUAGUUUUCACACUUUGUGGCUAUUUUGUCCAAACUAUGUCUUUAACAACUGCCUUCAACGAUUACAUUACGUGCUGACGUUAGAAAGAAUAAACAUUAGCCUGCUGCCCCCUAACUGCUGUAACGGUGACGUUUGUAAGCACCUCAGCUGGAAGUACCGCUGGAUAAAUUAACUGUAAGCCUCUACGCCCUCCCAGACCACCCUACCUUUGACACACAAUGGGACAGUUUAGCCUCGCUCUCCUCCGCCACAUCUCCUCAUCCACUGCCCCCGCACUCACCGGGACGUGCCGCCUUCACAGAAGGCACUGCUUCACUGCUUCACGCCCUCAGUACCGGAGCAUCGUCCCGCCUCACAGCUGCCAGCACAAACGGACUGAAAGCACAGCAGCCAGCCAGCACAUACAGGACCUGAGUGGGCCUGAGCAGAGACUGCUGAAUAAACUUUAUGACGGGCUGAUCGGAGGACAGCGGGCGUCUUUGGCAGAGUGCAUCACUUUGGUGGAGACCCAGCAUCCCAGAAAGAAAGAGCUGGCCCAGGUGCUGCUGCAGAGGGUCCUGGCUUACAGGAGGGAGCAGGAGAGCCAUAAUGGAGGGAAGCCAGUGGCCUUCAGAGUAGGUCUGUCUGGACCCCCCGGAGCAGGAAAGUCCUCCUUCAUCGAGGUGGUGGGGAAGAUGUUGACAGGACGUGGACAUAAAGUUGCAGUGCUGGCUGUCGACCCAUCCUCCUGCACCACUGGGGGGUCUCUGAUGGGCGAUAAGACUCGUAUGACUGAGCUCUCAAGAGACAUGAACGCCUUCAUCAGGCCAUCGCCAACCUCGGGAACACUCGGAGGUGUCACCAGAACGACCAACGAGGCCAUUGUUCUCUGCGAGGGAGCAGGUUACGACAUCGUCCUUGUGGAGACUGUAGGAGUCGGCCAGUCAGAGUUCGCAGUGGCAGACAUGGUUGACAUGUUUGUGUUGCUGAUUCCACCAGCAGGGGGCGAUGAACUCCAGGGCAUCAAGAGGGGCAUAAUCGAAAGGGCCGAGUUGGUCGUGGUGACAAAGUCAGACGGAGACCUGGUGGUGCCGGCCAGGAGGAUCCAGGCCGAAUACACCAGCGCACUCAAACUGCUCAGGAGACAGUCCAAAUCCUGGAACCCUAAGGUGGUGCGGGCUUCCUCGCAAACCUUCGAGGGCAUCCCAGAGGUCUGGGCCAAGAUGGAGGAAUACUGGGAGGCCGCGCUGGCCAGCGGUGAGCUGCAGGGCCGGCGGAGGGCCCAGCAGAAGGUGUGGAUGUGGAGUCUGAUCCAGGAGAGCGUCCUGUGCCUUUUCCAAAAUCACCCCGGUGUCAGAGAAGCUCUACCCCACCUCGAGGAGAGGGUCACCAAAGGAGCCAUCUCUCCAGGACUGGCUGCUGACCUGCUUCUCAGAGCCUUUUCUUCAUCCUCUUCAUCACAGUAAUCACUGGGACUGCACUGUCAGAUAAGGAACAGAUAGCUGAUCAGGGUCACUCACUGAAAAGGAGAGUGAGAAAAUGACCUUGGCUCUGCGGUUUGCACAAAAAGACUCGAUCUCUGCUCUUUUAACACUUGAUUUAAAAAUUUAAAUACGUGAGAGUCACCCACCCGUCUACAGAGGCUUCGCUUUCUGAUUGCUUUCAUCCAAGUCACAAGAGCAGGAAGAGCGCUGACAGUCGUCACUUCUCGUCAGCGGCUUUAAGAGCACUCGCGUUUGGCAAAAAUGAGACGCGUUUCAUUUGAGCUGCGAGAUGUGAAACGCUGAAGCGACCGUCUCUUUUGGACACUACAGACAAGUUUUAACGAGAUCAGUGAAGGAGGAUUUAAAGGUCGUGUGGUUACAGUUGAAGAAUAGUUUGAGCGGUAUCUGUCACUAUUAUGAACGGCGUGUUACAGUAAAGCUGUGACUCGUUCCUCACGAUCAGUAAUAUCAGUAAUAACAGCCUAUUUGUGAGCCACAAAGCGUCAAUGAAAGGAUCGGGCUUGGGUAGAAUCGAUUUAGUUAGGGCCCCGUGUUUCUGCUUCUGAACUACUGAAGAUGUUGCUCUAAUAACAGUUUUUCCUCAGGAAAGCAUCAAGGCUUUGAAUCUGUGUUUUUCUUUUUUUUUUCUUUUUUAAUCCACUGUUUGGUUUCUAUUAAAGAACAAUUUGAAUCUUAAGUGGACAAGUGAAUUACAUUAAAUCUGCCGGCGCAGUUGGCCGAGCUCUUCUACCGCUGCGUGUUUGCUCACGAUAUGAAAAAGGGCCGAGUGAUUAAUGUUACCUCUACGAAUAUUAGCCCUGAGAUUUGUCAAAGAUUUAAUGACAUUUCUUUUCGGCUCUCCGGAGCCAGAAAUGUCAGCGCUGGGCUUCGUCUGAAUGACUCAGCUGUACGGUUGCUUCGAAUUCAGGCAAAACACACUUUAAUAUUUCCAGAAUUAAGUUCAUACUGCGCUGCGCUCCCGGACACCACCGGAGAACUGAACACAAAGAGAAGUCACGCACUCAUAACGCCGGUGCAGCUACUUUAUUACUUUAUUAUUUAAAGAGGCUGCUGCAGCUGCUUUAUUCAGGGACCCCACAGCAGACGCCGGUGUCAGCGGCAUAUUCUUAUACAGUCUAAUCUAUACACAGGGUAUUUCCCACCCAUUAUGCAUUCAUAGGCUGCACCUGUUAUUUUUAGUGUCUGUUAAUCCGUCAGCUAUUUUUUUUUAAUAUAUAAACUGAUGUAAACGUAUACAUCAUAAUUUCCAGACUCCAAACUGACAUCUGAAGACUGAAGGAAAGCCUCGCUGUGGCCUCCAGUUUCAGUCCAGGAGCCACAAAUUCACCGGGCGAGCAGGUGGCGUGGACGUCCAAGUGUGUGAAUGCGAUGACUCGAGAACUAGGCGACGUAGGAUUUUCAAAUUGAUGCCAUAGGUGCAUCUACUAAAAAUCUCAGAUGAGUUCAAAUCCCGGUGACCUCGAUCUAAAGGUCAAGGUCAGAGGUCAAGUUUUCUGAAAGUCUAAAAAAUCCCUUUUGUAACAUUCUUGUCCCAGGUUGCCCUGUCGCUACCCACCGGUUGUGGCAGAUGGCCGCCUGUCCCUGAGCCUGGUUCUGUCAGAUGUUUCCUCUUGCUCAAAUGGAGCUUUUCCUUCCCACUGUCACCAAGUGCUCGCUCGCAGGGAGUCGUGUGAUUGUUGGGGGUUUUUCUCUAAUACUGUAGAAUCGUUACCUUGCAGUGUAAAACGCCCUGAGCUCACUGAAAAUGCCAAUAAAUGCUAAAACAUCAAGUUUAAAAAAAAAAAGAGUAAUAUAUCUAUGAGAUAUGAAAUAAAACACAAGAGGUCGGCAGGCUGUUUGAUUUCUGUAACCAUCAUAGUCCAACUGUCGAGGCUGUCAACACAAUGAUGUUGAAGAACUCCCUUGUUUUUGUCCCGUUGGUCUAAUUGUGAGAUUGUGUACAUGUGGCAUUAAAUUUGUGUAAACUUGCUGGUACUUCUGACACACAGUAAGUCACUUAAACUGGUAUUGAGAGCUUAUUUCUAUGAGUCUUUUGGAAGAACUAUUACCUUUUCCAUUAUGGGCUGGUUCUUAUAUAGCAAUUCUCUACUUGAGCACUAAAAGCAGUUUUUACAACACAAGCAUUUUUUAGUACAUCCAAGUCCUUUCUAUCCAACAUUCACACUCCGAUGAACGCAUCGGGAUCACCAGGAAUUGAACCCCCGACCUUUCAAUUAGUAGAUGUCCUGCUCGACCUCCUGAACCACAGCCACUCUUAAGCUUACAGCACCUGGUAUUCCCAGGCGGUCCAUCCGUGUACUAACCAGGACCGACCCUUGCUCAGUGUCCGAGAUCAGGCGUGCUCAGGGAGGUAUGAUUGUAAUCCUGCUAGAACAAGGUCCUGGGUUCAAAUCCAACAGUUUUUCAGUGUGGAGUUUGGAUGUUCCUCUCCGUGCCUGAGGGAGGUCUUUCCAGGUAAUCAGGCUUCUCUUCCCAAAAAGACAAGCAUACGGAAGCUUGUUUCUGCCACUGGGCAGAUAAAACAGGUCAUCUAUUAGUCAAAAUUUCAACUCACCCAGAAGUUUGACUCAUUAAGUUUUGCAAUAAUAACUUGAAAUUUUCACUCAUCUCUACCUUUUCAAAUAAUUUUCUUUUUGUGGGAGAAACAAGACCCUCAUCAACAGUGAGAGGAGAAACACUACAGGUGACUACAGAAAGAAAACUGUUUAGAUCACCAUGAAAAUUUCCUGUCUGUCUAAUACUCUGUAUUGCAAGUUUUAUGAAAAUGUAUUUUUAAGCAUGUAAAUGAGGCAUUAUCAGUCUUAAUAUUUGCAUUUUUUUCAGAUCAUAAAUGGAAUUGGACAAUGACGAAAGCCAAUGUCAUUAGAGUCUUUAUAAAAUCUGUUUUCAUCAUUUUAUAAAUCAGAAAAAAAUGAAUAAAUGUUCAUAAAUCAGUGUCUGAAUGCUGUAUAAAUAAAAUCCAUCUGUUUAAAAAAAAGCAGCUUUAGAAAUAUAAACAAAGUUUGAUGUAAGAGCUGAGUUGGAGAUUUCUUGCUUGGAAUAAAUAAAAUUACUCUGAA